CAUUUUGAUAAAGGAGUCUACGGAACGUCUGUCUUUUCUACAUAGACAGACACGGAAAAGUGAGAAUGAAAAGAAGUACCACACAAUGUCAAUUACAAGUAUCUCGUUAUAUUAAUUAAGAUUGACAUAAGAAAACCAGAGAAAUGUCAAUGGACAAAAAACAGUCGCUUGAUUUUUAUCAGUUUCUGUGUCAGAAAAUUGGAUCCGAAGUGGUUGUAAGUACUAGAAGAAUCCACUCGAUAAUUAGUGACAUCGGAGCUGCAGAACAAAAACGAAUAACCAGUGGAAGUAAUGGCGAAGGACUUAAUUUUAAAAGUAGCGAUAUAGAUUACAUGUUUCUUGAUCGUUCCUUCAAAGUAUAUGAAUCAGAAAGAGAUGUUGUUUCUCAAGACCUCAGUAUUCCUUUUAUUAUGGAUACAGAGGAUACACAACCUUGUUUCACUAGGCUACGUCUUUUUCACGAUAAAUUUUAUAAUAUAAUAAAGAAAAAUGCCAGCGUUCUGUUGAAAAAUGGUCCACAACAUCUGCUUUCAAGUGAAUUGUAUAAAUUGUAUCAUUUGAAAGGUCUUUGUUUAUCCCCAAUCUUUAAGGUUCAUGGUCCUUGUUUAUCAGAUCGGGAUGAUCGAUUUGAUUUAGCAUAUUGUCUUAAAUGUGACAAUUGGGUAUCUCUAGCAAAAUCAUGGAUCACAAGACCACGUAAAUGGCCACACCCUGACGUUAUUUCCAAAAUUAUAGCAUGUGGUGUUUUGUUUGUACCUAUAGGCAAUAAAGGGUCCAUAUAUGAACAUAUUGAGUGGCGAAUAUCGUUUUCGGUAUCAGAAAAGAUUAUUAUAUUUUCUUUCAAUCAUACUCAGCUUCUAUGUUAUGCCUUAUUAAAAAUCUUGCUGAAAGAAAUAAUUGAAAGCCAUAAAGACUUAAAAGGUUUAUUGUGUUCCUAUUUCUUAAAGACAAUGUUGUUUUGGAUUGCAGAAGAAUCAACCCCGUCGAUCUGGCGAUCAGACAAUAUAAUACCAUGUGUCAUGGCAUGUGUAAAAAGAUUGUUGUACUGUGUACAGUAUUCAACCUUACUACAUUAUUUUAUACCUGACAACAACUUGUUCUCUUCACGAUUCAACAAUACCAACAAACUCAAACUAAUAAACAUUUUAAACAAUAAUCAUAAAAAGGGAAUUCAAUGCUUUUGUUCUACAAAAACCCUGUGCGAUUUUGGAAGACUAUCAUAUGAAAUCUCUGAGCCAUUUGGAAGAAACAUUAGAAUAAUCGAAGAAAUAAUGCAUAAAUUUCUUGAAGGUGGAAGUCAGUUUGGUGUAAAUACUAAACGACAACUGAACAAUUUAUUGCAUCAUUCCAGGACGCGUCUUUCUAGAGAAAUAUUCACCCUACAGAUGUCAAAAGCAUCUCAAUGUGUUUCAAAGUAUCCACAAAGACAUCAUGGAGAAAAUAACAGAAAACGGUAUUCUAAGUACAGAUAUGAUCUCAGCAAUUUUCUUCUAGGUUUGAGUACAGAUGCAGUAUCUGGAUGGCUGAUCUUGGCCUGUUUCUUCUAUGUUCACAAAAAAUAUUCAACAUCGCUGAGAAUAUUAGACUAUGCAUUGUCGAAAUGCACUGAUGAGAAAAUUUAUUUUCAGCCACGUAACUGCCCAUUUAGUCAGAUCCAAGCAAGUGUGUUAAAUAUGAUGAAACGAGAAAAACUUUAUACAGUUUUAAAAACACUAACUGUUCAAAAUAUUAUAUUUGAUUGGCAAUCGUUUGUCAUUCCACCAGAAUUACAACUAGAUGUGACAUGGAAUGGUAAUGGUGUAGUCUCCUAUGCUCCUGUACCAUUUGCAUAUUUCUUAAAGUUUCUGUGCCACUACCAUUUACACGAAGAAUCGUUGUGUAAACAUUGGUUAAGGAAGUUAAUGACGUCCGUUAGAACAUGUAAAUGGGGAAUAAGGCUCUUUUCUACCAUACAUUCAAAGAUUUUUGCUGGGAUAGCUUAUAAAAUGCUUGGUGAAGUAGACAAUGCGAGAUUUAUGUUUGUUGAAGCUUCUAUUAGUGACUUUAAUGUAAGCAGUGCAAGAUACAGGCUUUCGCAUUUUUAG